AUUUACAUAUUCUUUCUUACUAUUUUAAUGCAUAUAUAAUACGCAAAAUUUACGCCAUAAAUGGUCAAAUUAAAAAAUAAAAUAGCGAAAGUUAUCAGUAAAUCAGAAAUUUAAGGUUAUCAAUAAUACCGGUAUUUGUUUCAGUUACUUUAGAUUAAAUCAGGUUGGGUUGUAUUAGAUUAGGUUAGGAUGUUACUUUACAAUCAUUUGAAACAGGUACUUGAUAUUUCGCAAAUGUGUUUGUGAGUUUAUAUAAAAAAUGAAUUGUGAUGUGGUAAAAAGAGGAACAGCAAUCUAUACUAAGAAACCAUUUGUCUUUACUCUUAAUGAAAAACAUAGAACUACUCGAUGUGACAAUUGUUUGAAAAGUGGGAAACUGUUAAAGUGUUCUAGUUGUCAGUAUGUAUAUUAUUGCGACCGUAGUUGUCAGAAGGAAUCAUGGCCAAUACACAAGGUAGAAUGUCCACGUUUAAAGAAAGUGGUGGCACAAUGGAAAAUUAUGCCGGAUGCAGCACGGCUCAUGGCACGUAUAAUUCUCAAACUCAAGCAGGGUGGAGCUAAUGAAGUAGACUAUUAUACAGAAACUAAUUUUAGAAAAUUUAAAGAUUUAAUGUCUCAUUAUUCGGAUAUAAAGAAAGACACAAAGCGACUGGAACAUUUUACUACAUUGUGUGCAGUAUUAUAUGAGUUUCUUGGCGAGACUCUAAUACCCAAUGUUGCAGAAUUGAUGGGUAUUUACGGCAGAAUAUGUACUAACUGCUUUAAUAUAUUAGAUAUUAAUAUGAACACCAUCGCAGCUGGCAUUUAUUUGGGACCAUCUGUGAUGGAUCACAGUUGCAAACCUAAUUCAGUUGCUGUUUUUGAGGGAACUACUAUUGUUAUUAGAACAUUGGUAGAUCUUCCCUGUUUAGAUUGGUCACAAAUAAGAAUAUCGUAUGUUGACUUGCUUAAUUCUAACAAAGAUAGACGCGAGGAAUUGCACAGUUCAUACUAUUUCUUGUGCGAUUGUGAAAAAUGUAAACAACCCGAUCCUAUGGCCGAGGCAACUGCAUGUCCAAAUUCAUUGUGUGACUCUCCAUGUUUGAUUGAUGCUGAGGAAUGUGAAAAAUGUGGCACAAAACUGUCUAAGGAGUUUAAAGAAAAAUUUCGGGAAGUAACCGAUUUUACUGCUCACAAUUUAGAGAAAAUGAAGACUAUGGCUUAUCUUGAUAUCAGCAAGAUGUGUCUGGAGAAGCAAAAGAAUAUAUUGCACAGGUUCAAUGUACAACAUGUUCGUACUUUGGAAGCAGCUCACAUCGCUGCUAUGAACUUAGAAUGUUGGGAAGAUGCGGAGUUUUAUGGCAAAGAAUUGAUGCCAGGAUAUUUAUUGUAUUACGGAGAGAUACAUCCUUUAACAGGAUUACUGUAUCUCACAAUAGGAAAGAUACAAUUGCAUCUAAGAAAAUCAGAGGAAGCGUUUAAAGCGUUAAUAAACGCAAAUUCGGUGUUAAUGAUUACACAUGGUGAGAUGCACUCUUUAGUGAAAGAGGAAUUGAGACCUUUGCUCUACCAAGCAACUACAGAGCAGUUAUCGAAUAUUCACAACGGCAUGUAACAAUUUUAGAUUUAUAAUUUUCAAUAAUUUGUAAUUUUAGUAAUAAAUUAUUUUUAAAAUAU